AAUGCCAUUGAAUAUAUUCACCCUGAAUAUUCAAUCCCCAAAGGCAUAUACACAUCAUGGAGUCCCAAUUAUUGUUAGUGGAGUUGCACAGGUGAAAAUCAAUUCCCAGAAGGAAGAAAUGUUGAGGCAAGCAUGUGAACUAUUUAUGGGAAAGAAAGCUGCAGAGAUUCGUGGCAUUGCUCUAGAAACAAUGGAAGGCCACCAACGUGCUAUACUUGCAAGAAUGACUGUAGAGGAAAUUUACAGGGAUCGAAAAAAGUUUGCCGAGAGUGUUUUUCAGGUUGCCUCUGCCGACUUGAUAAACAUGGGGAUAUCUGUGAUUAGUUACACACUAAAGGACAUCAGAGACGACGAGGGUUAUCUAAAGGCAUUAGGCAAGAGCCGGACAGCAGAAGUCAAGAAAGAUGCUCGCGUAGGAGAAGCUGAGGCAUCCAGAGACUCUGGGAUUAAGACCUCGUUAGCAGACCUCGCGAGAUUGGAAGCAAAGUACGAGAACGAUACAGAGAUAGCUCGACAGAGUCGCGACUUUAAAGUUAAAGAUGAAACUUAUAGACGCGAAAUAAAAACUAAAGUCGCCACGGCUGAGUUGGCUUACGAUUUACAAGUUGCUAUUACUAAACAAACCAUAAAAGAAGAAGAGAUGGGAAUUAAGAUCGCAGAGAGGGCUCAAGAGAUUAAAGUACAACAAGAGGAAAUUUCAAGACGAGAGAAAGUUCUAGAAGCGAACGUUAAACUUCCUGUCGAUGCAAGUAAAUAUGAAAUGGAGAAAAUGGCAGAAGCUAAUUUACGAAGAGUUACCUUAGAGGCUGAAGCCAAGGCCGAGACUAUCAGGUUGAAAAACGAGGCACUGGCGUACGUCAUUGAGGCGAAGGGGACAGCGGAGGCUGAAAAUAUGGUAAAAAAAGCCGAUGCUUGGAAACAAUACGAGGAUGCUGCCAUUGUUGAUAUGUUUCUGGAGACGCUUCCUAAGGUGGUAGCUGAAGUUUCUGCCCCAGUAACGUCAUGUGAUAAGAUCACAAUGGUAUCUAUAGGAGAUGGUCCAAUUGGCAUUCAGAAAAUGACCAGGGAAAUACUGGGUGCUGUAAGAGACCUUCCUACGGAGAUGCAUGACUUGACUGGCAUCGAUAUUACCAAGGUAACGAAUGAUUUAGUACUGAGUAAUAAAUAG